AUGAAACGCAAGAUCGGAGCGCUGGAGAAGGUAGACGCCGAUCUGCCGAAUUUACAACACAAGAUUCGAAACGAUCCUCCUUCGUAUCGCGACGACUUCGUGAGCCAGUACUCGCAGUAUGCCUCGAUGCUCGAGCUGUUCCUACAAUCACCCACGACCACCGACGACACCGGCAUAGUCCGACUACGAGACCUGAUUGACUUCAUAUCCCACGUCGCCGACUGCUAUCCCAAAAUCACCGCCGAUUUUCACAACGAUCUCAUAAAGCUACUUGAACUGCACCAUAAAAGUCUGGAUGUCGAGCUGCGGGACAAGAUCGUGGGGAGUUUGGUAUUGCUACGGAAGAAGGAGAUUAUCGAUUCGAACACACUCUUGAACACUCUGUGGCCUCUGCUCAUCGCUACUCCGUCGAAAGCGCUGCGAGCACUUCUCUUCCAGAAGAUCGUCUCUGAUCUGCGAACUUCAAAUAGCAAGACCAAGAACCACAAGCUGAAUCGCAAUAUUCAGACGAUAUGCUACAACCUGAUCGCAUCCGAUCCAGCAUCGUCCAAGGGACUGUGGGCUGUCAGGUUGACAAGAGAGCUGUGGAGAAGAUCGGUCUGGACAGAUGCAAAAGCUGUGAGCAUUAUGGAAAUCGCUGCUUUGAGUCAAGAUGCGAAAGUUGUGACAAGUGGGGCGCGGUUCUUUCUUGGGUCGGAUCAAGAGCGAGAGGAGGCUGCAGAGGAUGAGAGCGACGACGAAGAGGACAUUGACAUGCGCAAAUUGAAGCACAAGGCUGGCAUCAACAAGAAAAAUGCCAAGCACGAGAGAGAGCUCAAAACUGCUGCUGUUAAGGUCAAACGCAAGGAGAAGAGAAAGAAUGCACAUCAGACACUGAACUUCAGUGCGCUGCAUCUCCUACACGAUCCUCAAGGUUUCGCCGAGAAGCUCUUCCAACAACAUCUCCAACCUGCACAGCCAAAAGUGCGUCUCAACCUCGAACAGAAGCUCUACGUCUUGCAACUAGUCAGCAGACUUGUUGGUCUUCACAAGCUCACGCUCAUCCCGCUCUACUCGUACUUCAUCAAGUACCUUACGCCAAAACAGCCAUCCGUUACCGCGUUCCUCGCCUACCUGGCUCAAGCCACGCAUAGCCUUGUGCCACCCGAUGUUCUUGAGCCUCUUAUACAGAAGAUCGCAAACGAAUUCGUGUCAGAGGCUGCGGCAUCUGAAGUGGCAUCAGCUGGAUUGAACGGCAUCCGUGAGGUCUGUGUUAGGCAACCGCUGGCCAUGACAGAUACUUUGCUUCAAGACCUAGUCCAGUACCGCAAAAGCAAAGACAAGGGCGUCCAAAUGGCAGCGCGGGGCUUGCUAUCGUUGUAUCGCGAAGUUGGUGCCCAGAUGUUGAAGAAGAAAGACCGAGGAAGGGACGCCGCACUUGCUCUGAGAGAUGGUCAGAACCAAGGCGCCAAAUUUGGUGAGGUCGAAGGUGGCGGCAUCGAAGGCAUUGAGUUGCUCGAAACGUGGCGAGAGGAGCAAGGCAUCGGUACUGAUGAAGAUGAAGAGGCGUGGAAGAAUUGGGAUGCGGAAAGUGACGACAGUAUGAGCAGUGGCGGUUGGGUCAAUGUCGAGAGUGAUGGCGAAGAAAUUGACAUCUCCGACUCGGAAGACGAGAAGGACAAGAAAGCUUCCAAGAAUAAGGCCACCAAGGAGGCCGAAAAGGAGAACGAAGCAGAUGGUGAGAAAGCAGCGGAGGAGAAGGAUCUACGUGAUACUGCGUCUUUGGAACCAGAAGCUGCGGUGAAACGAGAGGAAGCUCGGAUAUCGAAGCUUGCCACCACACGCAUUCUGACACCAGCGGAUCUGGCCAAGCUAAACGAGCUGCGUCAAACAGCUGCGAUCACUGCUAACAUGCCGUCUGCGAAGCGACGAAAACUUCAACAACAAGCGCAGACCAACGCUGCUCGACAUGCUGACGAUGAGGUCACUGCAGACCAAAUUUCCGGUCUAGCAGCUAUGUCGCACAAGGCUACCAGAGAAGAGAAGAUUGCCAGAGCAAAGGGUGAACCAGAUGACCCCAAGAACGAUCAUCGCUCAACGACGGCGAGAAGGAAGGAGAAGAAGGAGGCAGAGGGCAAGAGUACCACGAACAAGGAGAAGGCUCGCAAGAAGAACUUCAUGAUGACUCUGGGUAAAGCGAAGAGGAAGGGCAAGAGGAGUUUGGUCGAGCAUCGACGGAUUCUCAAAGCGCAUGUUGACAGAGGAAAGAGGGGUGGUAAACGUGGAAAUUAUUAA